CUUGCAAUAUCUCGCUAAUUGUAUUUUAAUGGAAUGGAAACUUAAGAUUGUGCUGUGGUGAAGCCGUCUACCCCCCACUCAGGCUGAUGAAAUGCAUGUGAGUGGUGUUUUGCUGUGAAGUCCUCAUCCUGUUUUGAUGCAAGCAUGGAUCCGGGAAACCUUACACGCUCACCAGGAAUGUUUGCUGUUUUUUGGCACCCCUUAUCAGCCGUGGCUUACGCUCUGGGGUCACACACUAAUCCUCCAGUGCCACGUCUGCUGGGAUUUUUCACUGCUAUAUAUGUUUUCGAGAUGCAACAAUAAGACAUCCUCUCACUCAGUCUCCCUCCCCCACCCCUACCCUUCUGUCUGAAGUCCUGCGGCCACAUGGAGGAGGACAGCGCUGCCUCUGAGAAGAAAGCAAAGCAGUUGAAGACAAAACUACUUAAAGAGUACACUAUCCAGUCUCACUCCAGCAUGUCCCAAAACAACACAUAUGCCAACUUUGAGCGUUUUGCCCAUGUGGUGGAAGACAUCGGAUUAAUGGAGACGGGAUUGUCCGAGGUGGCGGAAGCUUACCACACCCUACAGGGUGACAUAGAAGCACUGCUCUCCAUUUACAAUGACAAGGAAGCUUGGUACAAGGAGGAGCGGGACACCGCAAAGAAACAGCUCUCGCAAGACUGCCACGAGUUUCGCAAAGUGGAGGCCACCAGGAAGCUGGUGCAAGAAGACAUGAAGGCAGUAGAUGUUUGUCUGGAGAGCAUCAGCAAGAGGUACAACCACAGGCAGGGCCAACUGGAUGCUCUGAGGCAGGAGCUGAACUCUGAGCUCCAGUGGCUCCAGGAUCUGAUGGGCUCUUUGCAUUCUGAGGGAACCAAUGGUAGCAUCCAUAACAGAAGUCUGAGCACACAUGUAAAGAAAGCACUGGAGGACCUGCUGCAUCUGACUUGUGAAGGAGAAGUCUGCUCUGAGGCUGAACAGCCCCUCACUGAGUCUGGCUGA